AUGGGUCUUGCGUCGGGGUCGGGGUCUCGACCUAGUCUGCAUCUGCCCGCCACCACCACCACCGUCACCAAGUCGAAGAGGAAGAUGGAAGAAGAGCGUAGAAGAGGGAUCGACAUACUCCCCAACAGCCCAGGGGGAAGCUUCGUCCAGAGGCAUUUCCAAGGUGUAGCAGAACUUGUACCUCUAGAAUCUCUGCGAGGAUGUCGAGAUACCCGAGCUGACGCUUCGAGGACGAUUGACUUCUUCGGAUGCCGGAGUGCGGUGGGGGCCAUGUACAAGUAUGGAGUCAAACUCGUAUGCAGGGAGGGCACGAGCAAAGACGGCCAGGGCUAA